AUCACAGCACAUGGUCUGCUCCAAUAUGGAGGCUUCAGCAUAAGCGUCUUGUCCACCCUUGGCUACAGAUUUUGCCAGACCAGGAAGUGCUACUCCCACUGCUGCCAGGUAACUCAAGACAAAGAAAUAAGGAUUGGUAUAACACGAUUAGUAUGAAAAUGUGCACACCUGAUUUUAACAAUGCAAGAUCAAACACACAAAAUACACAAAACAAAGUAUGUUUGCUCAUUGUGUGAUUGACUGCAGAUUUUAAAAAUCUACAAAUGGUGGUGUUUACUAAUGAGUUGACUGCAGCUGGGGUGGUAUUACUCUUAGGGGGCUUUGGCCAUCACACCUUUCUUUACAGUAUUUAAGUUUCACAGCAACUUUUGUCAAGAAUUACCAAGAAAACUAGUCAAUCCAUUUGAAUCCAUAAAAAAAAAACGCUGUCUGCAACCGUGUGCUGUCUCAUAUCAAGUUUUCUGUCUUUGGUGAUAAGACUGAGGUGGAGUUGCUGCAGGCCAAAGCUGUAGAGGAAAAAACUUGAAGGUGUUUUUGUCUUAAAAUAAACCUCAUUUGAAGUGAGAACAACAAAGAUCACUUUUCUUUCAACACAUCUCAGAUAAUUUGUGAUUUAGAUACCCAGCUGUGAUAAGAUUAUCUGUUUGCUGUGCUAUCAGGGAUUGAUUGCAGACCUACGGUGUGACCUUUGGCCAGGUGCCUCGAUGUGACUUCCGGCCUUUUUCUAGACAAGUAGGCGGGCCACAGGAAACUCUUCCCAUUAAUGAAAUCAACUUUCACCUCAAGGACAUUCAAUUUUCGGUCUCAAUGUUUUCAACACUUAAUUUUGAUCUGGCUUAGAAGUUCAUUUCAUCUUAAUUUAACUAAUUUGAACAAGAAGGAAAACUUGCAGCUCUGUAGCUCUUGCUAAGAAGUGUGUUAGCUGAUUGGGUUAGAUCACAGUAGUUUUCUCUGUGACUUCUUGACCCCAUAUGUACUGUGUGUACCUGGAAUGAGGCUCUGCUUUUGUCAACGCUUGUUGGGUUAAUGUGUCCAAAUGAGAAGGGAAAGUUUCAGUUUAGCUUGUUCCACUUUUACUGAAUAAUUUCAUUUGAGGAACCCUACUUCCUGUGGGUUAUUAUUCCCCCAUUUAAGAAUUUAUACUUUAAAAUGUUAUUUGUGCUUUUGUUAUCUGACAUUUUAAUGAUAUUUUUUCCUCAUUUCACUUGUCUUUGGAUAAGUUAAGACCCAAUUAUUAUUCUACUUGAUGUUUGGUACAUUUUCCAUUAUCCAGUUUGAUUAUAGUGAUACUCCUUGUGACUAAGACUUGUACAUUAACCUGUGCUGUCAGCUUUUUCUGAGACAAAAAGUGUGUUUUUAAAACUGUAGUUUUAAAAACUAGAUGUAACAACCCUCCCUUUUCAUAAAUAUGCAGUAAUAUACACACAGUGUGCAACAAGUCAUGACAUACUUCCAAGAACUUUAUCUAGGGGGUAAUCUGGGUGGUCCUUACUCUCACAGAGGAGCCCAGCAGAGGCUCCUGACUUCUGGCUGAAACUGGACAUUGACUUCCAGAAUUGUUUUCUCCCGAGAGAGCAGCUUCCUCACUGAUGCAGACAUAGUCUAGCUUCAGGACAGAGAGGGGAUCAUCAUCUGAUAAGAACUAAGAGGCUGUCUGUUCACUAUAAGAGGGUUGCAUCAUCCACAGCUGAAAAGACAUACAAUCUGUAAAGACAUCAGAGCUGAAGUGACUUUAUUUCUGACCCUGGAUUCAAAUUUGACUGAAACUGUAAAUUAGUAAACGUCACAAGCACUGACACCCACAUAGUGCUCUGUUCCAUUCACAUGUAGUAUUUUAUCAAGUGAUGAGUGUUUUAUUUUGAAUAGCCUCAAUGAUUAAUGGGUUAAGAUGGAAAGUGAGGAGUGGGGAGGUGUAGUGGGCUGUAACAAGAUGAUUAAUGCUUCUGUAUGACCUACAAAGGAGAACCAGAACAUCAGCUAGAAGGUUGAUUAUUUCUGUAAUUCAAUUUUAAAUGCAACUCGAUGCUUCUUAUAAUAUAAAAGAGCCUACAGGACCCUCAACAAUAAAACUAACCAUUUUCAUAUUUUAUUUUUCGAUGAAUAAAAUUGGUGUGAGAUUUAUAUUUAUUUCUUUAUCAUCAUAUUCAUAUAGAGGCAGUAGUUCUUCUGUCUUAGCGUCUCGGUCUGGUCGCAUUUACAUGAAGAAAUGAUCAUAAAUGUUCUUCCUUGAGCUGCGUCACCCCGCCUCAGUCGAUAAUGGACUGGCCCAAGGUCUCGCUACAAAUAAGCGACUGCUGGAUGAGAGUAGGUGAGUUGUGUGAAACAAGAAAUCAGGCAAAGCUAAAAAGAUGUGGCUAGUACUAUGGCUGGGACCUUUUAUGUACUGUUGAUGAAGUUAGGUGCUGUUCUGAGCAUUAUUUGUGGCUAUAGAGUGGCUUUUUGGUUGAGCGCAUGGCCCUCUGUAUUGCUAUCUGUGGUCAUUACUAAAGUUGGUAUAACUACAGAAGCAAGCGGUCGGCAACAUUCAUCUCUCGGUGUUACCGUGUGUUUGACCCUAAAUUAAUUUUUCACCAGAAUAUCCUUUUAAAAGUCAACAGGUUGAGAUUUGUUGGUAAGAAGACUCUACUUAAGCGUUUAGAGGACAAAAUAGGCUAAGACUGCUUUAUCCACAGGGGGCGCCAUAAUUGACACAAACCAAAAGUUCCUCGCAGGAGCUUUAACAGAAGGGAAGGUGGAGUGAUACAAUCUCUAUUAUAGCAAAACAAUGCAUGUGACCCGAAAAUGAUUGUUAAGUAGCUUUUGAUAAUGGUGAUGAAUUGGGCCAUUGAAUUAAGUGACUCCAGCAAGUCUGCUUGUGUGACCAUAUCCACUCAAACACACCAUGUAGAUUACAUACAAUCUUAUUUUCAAUAUUCUUAUUGAACUGAUGUAAUCCUUAGCUUUUUAGCAUUAGCUGUGACACACUAAUUUAUGGAUCAAUGUUGUUGACUUCAUGUAAAGACCCCAGAGUCUUCACCACAACAGCCCAAGAAAUUUGCUCUAAUCAAAAGUCAUUGGCUUCCCUGGAAACCCAAAAGGUGACACAUCCAUUAAACCUAACAUUUAGGACUUCUUGACUGUCCCGGGAUGCUGUAAUUCGAGCUCGAGGGCUGGUUUUACUAACAGGCAGCCCAUUUCCUCCAAGAGAAAACCAAGAAACACAUCAACAAAGCAGCGUUUAUUCAUCUGAAAAUGAAAGUGGGUGAAAGGUGUCUACCAUGGGGACGUCUCUUUGCCUUUUCUCGGUAACUAUAACGCUUUUUUGUGAUCUGUUAGCGUUUGUUCUAUCGUAAAUAUAACCCAGCAUCGUUGUUUGAAGUCUAGCAAGGGUAAUAUUGAAGAUUUUGAGAACAUUUACGCAAGACAGCGAGUCUCACUUGUCGUUAAUCUGAAACAAUCAAAUAAUCCCAUCUCACCGAUGAAUCAAUCAGUAGGGCGCGCGCAGACGCACGCGCUGGGCCAGGUAUUGAAAAGGGACGCCUGGAGGCUCUUCUCUCAUUAUAGAAGAAGUAGCUACCAAAUCAGUGCUCGUCAGGUUAAUGAUUGCUGGGUUAUCUCGUACUUAGUACCGGAGCGUGGAGUUUGGAGUCUGCCCUCCCCUCCGAUAAAACAUAAUAGGAGAAGCUCGGACCUGCUUUGCCCUUCUUUUUGGCCUUUUAGAGCCUAUUCAUCCACUGACUGUUUCUGUGUCGAUUCUUUUGGCUGCAGAGAGAGGACACACCAUGUUCACUCUGCUUGUGCUCUUGAUUUGUGCAGCCUCGUCUGUCUCUGCCCAAGGUGAGUGGAUGGAGGACUUUCCUGUUGUUCCUGAUGUGUAGCUCAAGAGUUUGUGGCAUGAGGUUUUUGUCUUUUAAAAGGUUAUUCUAUUGGUGGUGAAGGCUAAAUGAAUGGAUUUGGGACAAGAAUGGAUUCACUUAUUCCUAAACUGAUAGAUAUGGCAGAUUUUGUUUCAGUUAAAAAAGAAACUAUGUUGUACCCUGGCAGUGAAAGGACAAAUCAGAGAAUUUUUGAGGAUCUGAAGUGAAAGUGUGUUUCUUUUGAGCUGCUGACACUUGAAAUGAAUGAAAACUUGCAGGGAAACACACUUUUUGGUGGUAUGGAGUCCACAUUGUCAGUGUCUCAUUCAUUGUCAAAGGCCUUAGCCAUACAUGGUGCUCAAUAGAGUUUAGGUGUAAUGUAACUGAAGUGAUUCUGGCGGCUUGUUCUUAUGAUCUUCAUUAACCUCUUUUAGUGGAUUGCAAAACACAGGGUGACCUGGAAGUAUGAAUAUAUUGAACGCUUGUCUUUGCACAGAGAUGAAAUCAAAUACUGACACGUCAGUCUGUCCUCCCUCGUGGCCUUAUGUCAUAUCUGACAGAGAGCUUGUCACUAACAAAGUAGAGUAGAGGGGGGAUUUUUAUCUUCUCACUCUUUCUGAUUUUGCUGAUUAAAUCUCAUUUACCCUCUCCAUUGAGUUUAUUUACAAGGUCAAAACAAAAGGGAAAAUGAAAGAAAAGUAGGUGCAGAAUUCCAGGUUCAAGUUCUUCUGCAAAUACAUGAAGUCUGUUGAAGAUGCCAAAAGCUCUGACGUUUGGUGAACCCCUGGUUUAACAUGUCUUAACCAUAAUCAGUCUUUAAACAUACUCUGCAAAAUUAGUCCAAUUGCUACAAGCACAUUUAGCUCACUAUUUAAAGCUAAAGAUACAAGACUGUUUUGUUUCCCAUAAUGCAAUACUGAUAUUUGUGUCUGAUUUUAAGAGAACAUGAAAUUGUCAGGAAAAAAAACCCUAACCCUAAAUAAGAGGGAUAAACUCAAAGCUCAAUGAUCACACUGACUACUCAAGAAAGUUACUAUCAAUUACAAGGCGUUCAAAAGUUUCCCUAAUGCUGCUUUUUGCAGCUUACAAACUUUAACAUCUGAGUUUUUGAAUUUGGAUCUAGAGUAUUCAAUAGGUGUGAGAAACAUCCACGUUUCCUUGUUUUCAUCAGCAAUGAAUGUCAGAUUAAAGAUCUUAAACCCUCCAUCAAAACAACUUUCUCAAGCACUUAUAUUAAAAACAUAUGAUAAUAGAGUUGAUAAGACAAUGUCUGUAGGGUACCCUAAAAAAUGGCCUGUAUGAUAAUAGCCUGGAGUCUUCUUCUCGCUUCUUCCACUCUUCUUUACUCUCCAGCUGUGUUUCUUGUGUUUUUUCAGGUGUUGCUGCUGGACCCCGACUGAACAACAACCAGCUGUACAAAUUCAGCUACACCACUGAAGUGCUGGUGAACAGAGCCAGAGGGUCAAAAGAGGGCAGCGCCGGCUACGGGAUCUCCAGCGAUGUGGACAUCAGCCUGGUGUGGCGUGAUCCUGGCAAUGAUGAUGACCAGCUCAUUCAACUGGCGGUACGUCACUGCAAAAUUAUUAUUUUGUAGUGCGUUUUUAGGGUCUAACAUAAAUACAUUCUUUCUCUACCGUAGCAAGGGUUUAUUGAAACGAAACAAAAAAAUCCACCCAAAAGAAGUGCAAACUUUUGCCGUCAGUAAGUGAUCUCUUGUCUUUAGAUAUCAAAUGUAAGGAUUGAGCCGGCGUCCCGUCGAUCGCAGAAGAAGAAUGUGCUUCAUGGAUCCACAACAGAAAGUGUUUUGGGGGAGACCAAACUAGCGGCUUUGACAAAACCUUUUCUGGUACACCUGAGAAAUGGAAAGGUAAGAACUUUAGCAGGGCUGCUGCUGAGACUUUAGAUGGAUGACCAUGAAGGUUGAGAUUGGUUCAGAUUGGUAUGAAACAGUAAAGAACAGUAAAGUGAUAGACUCUAGAUUGCUGAUCUAAGAUUUUAAAGGAUUUCUGGUAUAAAAGAGUAAAUACAGCGGAUGAAAAUAGACACAUCUUCAAAUUAGCAGCGGGGAUCGUAGCUCUGCUGCUAAGAGAUGUUUGCAUGAGUGUUGUCAUGUUGCUGUCCGCUGUAGUAGUCUUGAAUGAAGUAGUUAGCAUACUCCCUUUUUGUGUUUGAGUGAUGAUGCUGGCAGGGAAAACACCAGCAGGUGUGUGUGUACGUGUGUGUGUGUGCAAAGGUCAGCUGGUUCAGAGGGUCAACCAAUGAGGAAUCAGGAAUGGCUCAGGUUCAAAGAUAAGGUUCAGGCUUUCUUCUCAUUGACUUAUGUUCGAGUGUUCGCUAAUCUGAACAACCUUAUCGACAAGAGUAAUUACUCCCAAAAUAAUUAUAUCAAGUUGUUAUCUGUAUAUUCUAUUUAAAAGGAAUUAGCCCUUUAGCUCGUGCUCAUGGCUAAAAACGUUGAGUGAAUUUCUAUGGUAUUUUCUGGACUACAAGUUGCUCUGGAGUAUAAGUCGCACCAGCCAAAAAAUACAUAAUGAAGUAGAAAAAACAUAUACCAGUAUAAGUCGCAUUUUCGGUGGGAAAUUUACCUUCCAAAUCUAAGACCGAGGACAGACCUUUCAUCUAGAAAGGCAAGUUAUAACAAUAAGACUAGAAUAGAGAACAACAGGCUAAAAGGUGUACGGUAUGCUAACGUAAGACUUUGAUGGUUAUUCAGCUACAUGAAGCAUAAACAACAUGGCUGGUAUGUUAACGUAACAUUAUUAACAGUUAUUCAGAUAACUAUAGCAUAAAGUACAUAACAAAACAAGUUUAACAAACUCUCGAUAUGAGUCGAUAUGAGUUAAUGUUGAUUUAAAAUUAUCAGUGGUACAGAAGUAGCAGAUACUGGUACACCAGCCUAGAGUGCCCUCUAGUGGCUGUCAGUGUAAAAAUAACAAACGUGAGCCAAACUAUGAAAAGAAGUGCGACUUGUAGUCUGGAAAAUACGGUACUUUUUGUUGUCUUUGAUAAGUUGAUUGUGCAGAGGUACUGUUCAUGCUUUAGACUCUCUUUAUAAAUGGAUGUAACCGAUAACUCACACAAGCCUUUGAAUAUUUGGUGUCUGGAUGUGACUCCACACCAUGUGACUGUUGUACAUCAGCGGGAAAAAGAGCCAAACUUUUGCCUAAAAUUGACCAUUUAGCAUUUAAACAUAGAGCUAAAUUUAGGAGAGUGAUCGUUUGGAUGGUGUGAAACAGGACAGAUCAGUGUCUCCCACAAAUACACGGAGUAGCUGUAGACAGUCUAUUAAUGGUGGUCCUGGCUUAUAUUGUGGCUGAGCGCCUCAAAUAAAUAACAUACUGUAUGAGAGACACUGUAGGAUGAUGUAAUCGCUUUUUUUUCCACUCAGGAGUAGGAGUCUGUUAUUGAGCCAAACUGGCGCCUCAUUAGAAAACUGUGUACUGUGGUGUGAUACCAUAUUUUCCAAGAUGGACUCGGCUAAUUGGACGGAUCUUCGUUUCUAUUACUUUAAUGUGGUAGUGUAAACACAUGUAAACAUUGUCUGACUCAUCUUUCAUACUGAGCUGAUGUGUAUAUUAGGACAUAUUUAAAGACAAGAUACUGUAAAUGAACUCAUGACGGACAACUUUUAAACGGCUAACAGCACAGAUUUCUGCUUUGUUUAUGAUCUGCACUUCAAAGCUGAUGAAAAUAGUAUUUGAUGUCAUCACCGAGCACGCGUGUGUGUUCACAAGUGUACAAAGGAAAGCUGACACCCUGAAAGGCUUUGCGAGCUGUAGCACGUACACGCCACAGCACGCUAUAUGUGCCGCAUGCCUUAUACCUGCUUUAUCUGCCGCAUCGGUAUUUAUGGGUGAAAAGCACUAGCUUAACAGCACUGUACCAUUUUGCAUUUGGAUGAGUCUGAAAACUCUCUGUUUAUUUUCAACUUGCAGAAAACAUGAGCUAGUGCAAAAUAAAAAUGAGAUUGCAUAUAUGUUUUAUUUCAGGCAUACACAUUUUUAAACCGUGUUCCUUUUCUUUUUAGACAAAAGCAUUUUAUUCCUACCGGGCUGAACCUGCAACUAUCAGGAACCUGAAAAGAGGGCUGGCCAGCUUAAUGCAGCUGCAGUUCAACACCGGGAAGGUCAUAGAGGUAAAUGUUGCGACACACAUUUACAUAUUUACAUAUUUCAAACGUGUUGUUAAUGAGAACUCUCUGUUUGCGUGGAAACAGAAUGACGUGUCAGGAAGAUGCACAGUCGAGUACAAGGCCGUCAAAGGUCAAGUGACACGAACCAAGAUCCUGGAGACGUGCAAGACACCUGAGACAGGAUUCACCACGCACAGUCAGGUAUGUCCGUGUCCAGACCAUCUCAGUCUGGUAAUAUCUGACCAUUACAUCACCAAUAUAUCUGACUUCUAUGUGUCUUCCCUGCCAGGUCCUGGGUGUGAGAAAGAAGUCCAGUUCUGUUACAACAUUCACACUUGAAGAUGGUUUCAUCCGCUCUGUCUCAGCUGAAGAAACACACUCACUGGCUGUGAACGCCCGCAGAUGUGCUGCAGCGAAAGUCAUUUCCAGGUAAAGCCCUUCACUACGAAUUAAUUUAUGCCUCUGUUGUGUUAUAUGUACACACUUUGAAUUGUUUAUGUCCUACUUCAUAGGCAGAGCCUCACUUUGGUAGGUGUGGAGGCAGGACCGCUGGAGGUUCCUGGAAAAGAUGUGGCUGGUGUUGUUCAGUCAGUCGAUCCCAAACUGGCAGCUCUCGGUAUUAUUGGCGAGAAGGUCAAGUCAAGGUGCAAGGGCUGCCCUUCAGUGAGUACCUGCUCGCUUUUAAACACAACAUUUCACACGCAUAAUUUCAGUCAAGCCACAUGGGUGGCCCAGAGUUUGUCUGCUGGAUUACUGUUUCAGGCAAACUUCUAUGACUUUGGUGAUCUUUGUUCCCUCGACCGAAUCGUCUCUGCAAAUAUUGGAUGAAUGAUCAUGUCUGACAUUCAUGUCCACAUCAGGAUGAAUUCUACUUCCUCUACUUGAUUCUGUCCUGUUGGGAUAUCAUCAACUAAAUUUAUCUGUUUGACCAACAGUUGUGCUUUUAGCUCAAAUCAAUAAAUGAUAGUGGUCCAACUUGCUAAAGCAGUAACAUCUGCUAAACAACCACUGUAGUUUUGGGCAAUGAGGGUUAGCAUUUGAUAUUUACUUAAGCACCACAGUGCUGCUAGCAUGACCACAGUCAGUAAAUAUUAUAUUUGUUUGUUUUACCACUAGGAUACAGACAUACUGGUUUCAUGACUGUAUUCCUCUGUCUUUAUGCAGAAAAAUAAACAUAUUUACAUCCGUGUGGUAGAAGCUCCUAAAUGCAACAGUUUUUUACGCUGCAUAAUAUCGGUGUAGUUCAAAGUUUUGUAUUCUGUGCUUUUGGUCAUUGGUCAAUGAAAAUGUACACAUUCAAGUAAAGAAAUCAAGCAGUUAGAUAGUCAUAACUUCUUAAAAUUAAGCGGUAAAGCAAAAGGAAUAAAGCCCUCCUUUUCUGAGAUAAAUCAGACCUCAUCACACGGAGACUCUGGAGUAAGAAGAGCUUUCAGACUCAGAGGUCUGGAGGCAAGUUAUGAGUUAAAGCACUAAAGAGUUUACGCUACUCUUUUUGAUUUUAUUUUAUUAUUAUUUUGUCGUUCAAUGAGUUGUGGUUUUCUGAGUAUGGUGGUCUAUGUUGGAUGUGUUGAUAUUGCAAAACCACUUUCAGAUAUCACCGUAUUGGUAAAUUGAUCCUCUAUAUUUUUGAACCUUAAUUAUUAACUGAAUAUGAUAUGUCCUCUAAUCCCCUCUCCCCUGUGCUUUCCCUCUCAGCUUUUUGAACAUUGGCAGGCUCUACAGAAGCAGCUGGAGCCAGCAAGCCUGUCCAAAGCCACGGCUCCUCGCAGCUUCCUGGACCUCAUCCAGAGCAUUAGGAAGGCAUCCAAGGACGAGAUCCUAAAAGUGCUGAAGAGUGCCAGGAAAACCUCUCUGUAAGCAGGCCUCUCCUUACACCCUGCACCCUGAUUUUACUCCAUCACUGCUCUUUGAUUGGUAAUAUUGGUAUCUCACAAGAUUAACUUGCCAUCAUGUGGAAUUUGAUCUCCCUGUUGUUAUCAGACCUCAGGUGGUGGAUGCCGUGACCUCCUCCCAGACUGUUGCAUCCCUGGAUGCCAUGCUUGAAUUCCUUAACUUCACCGAUGCCAAAGGUUUGGUUCUGCAGGAGAGGUUUCUCUACGCCUGUGGCUUUGCUUCACAUCCAAACGAGAAGAUGCUUAAGGCCCUGCUGGUGAGUGUCAUGUCAUCAUUAACAGAAUUAGUGUGUUGUCAUGCUUAUUAAGGGAAAAAAAACCUUCCGGAUAGGGCUGGGCGAUAUGGGAAAAAGUUUAUCAAGAUAUAUUUUUUUCAUUUAAGUCGAUAUCAGUAUAUAUCAGGAUAAAAAAAUGAAAUUUAACAGUGAUUAUUGGUAGCAUGUCUUUUGCAACACAAUGAGCUACUGCAUCUGUGAGUUCUUUGUGUCUCUUCGACGUUUUGUCGUAAGGCAUUGCACUAGAGAAAGUGGACUUAAUGGUCGGCUGUUUCAGCUACACAGGCGCCAUGGGCUCCUUGCUCCGCUCGUGGUUUGUAGCCUUUUGCAUUGUGCGUGCUCUGCUGCGUGGCACUGCUUCAGGUGGUGAAAAAGAUUUGAGGUAUUCCCAGACUUUGUGAGAACAUGUACUCGACAUAAUUUGCAGAGCACAUGACUCUGCUUCAUGUCCGACCUUAACAAAACUAAAUACCUCCACACCACUGACGUUUUCGUGUCAGUGUUGUCGACAAUGUCAUAAGUUGUUGAGCCUUCAUCUGCAUUUCUGUCGGGGGUAGCACUCAUCUUCUUUUUUUCUCACCCACAGUGCUGUCAGCUUCACAUAUUAAAGUGCUAUGGUUGCGUGUAGCUGCUGCCUGCUACUACACAGUUGUUUGCUACUUGGCUCUAAUUCAACAUGAUUGGUUCAGCUGAAGUGGAUCCAGAGCAACUCCCCUUUCCAUUGGCUAUUUGUACACUCUACCAAAAUAGGGCAGAUUGCUGAUUAUCGAAAAGCAUAUUGACCAUGUUUCAUAUUGAUGUUGAGGGAAAUAAAUUUUUGAUAUAUAUCGUUUUAUCGCCCAGCCCUACUUCCAGAUACAUAACAGUGAUUUAAGAGAGGAAAAGAUAUGAGGAAUUGCAUUUAUUAAUUUUUACUCUGAUACUCGAGAGAUGGUCCAUCCAUGAGCUGAAGUAAAAGUCAAUGAAACUCCCAAAAUUGCCACAAAACAGAGAUUCAGAUAUGGUCUUUUCCUGCAUUUUAUUUUGUUUUAAAAACAUGCUGCAUAUCAUAAUCUCUGUGUGAACUUUAUAAUAAAUAAUGUCGUAAUUCCAGCUUUUAUAUCAAACAAAUGUGUAAAUGUUGUCCUUUUUUUUCAGGAUAUUUCAAAGGGAAAGAUCGGCAGUACUGACAUCAAAGAGUCAGUGGUGAUCAUUAUGGGGGCUUUGGUUCAUAAGCUUUGUCAGAAAGGAGGAUGCAGUCUGCCGGUGAGCUUCUCACACAGUCAUUGCACAAACUGUCCUUUAGAUUUUAUAAUAAAACACAUGGAUUUCUCCAACUUGACCUUAUUUGAAUUAAUUCAGAAGUUUACUCAUAAUCUUUUGCUGUGUAUUCAUGUCACAGACAGUGGAGCAGGUGAAGAAGCUAAUUUUAGAGGGUCCUGACAGCACCCAGGCUGAGUCUGAGGUCCAGAUGUAUCUUCUAGCUCUGAAGAACUCAAUGCUUCCUGAGGCCGUUCCCAUCUUUACCAAAUACGCAGAGUCAGAAGUGGGAGCUUACAGCACCAUCGCUCUCACAGCCCUACAGAGAUACGAUGCCAGCCUCAUGACGGAAGAGGUAAACUGGAGUGUACCACUUCAAAAUGUCUAGACUGAUGUGGCAUUUAAAUGUGGAACUACUUUAUUUAUAACUACAACAAAAAUCUCUUUUUUUUGUAGGUUAAGCAGACAGUAAACAGAGUUUACCAUCAAAACAGACGGAUCUAUGAGAAAAACGUGAGAGCUGCCGCUGCUGAUGUCAUUCUCAGUAGCAACCCCUCGUACACUGAGGUCAAGAAUCUGCUCCUGUCUAUCGGAAACCUGCCGCAUGAAAUGAACAAGUACAUGCUGUCAAAGAUCCAGGACAUCCUUCGCUUCCAGUUACCUGCAAGGUCUGUCAUCAUACAAUCAUUGCCUUAAAGAAAUGACAUUUCUUCAAAUUCGGUUUCUGAGUUGCACAAUUACAAACAAUUUGUUUAACUUUUGUUUUUCAGCAAAGUCAUAAAACAAGCGAUGAAGGACAUGAUUUCCCAUAACUACGACCGUUUUUCAAAGGUCGGAUCGUCAUCAGCGUACUCUGGCUUCAUGGCACGUAAGUAAUCCUAUACCGUAAAAAAAGCUUUUGUGUUUCUUGAUUUUUUGGAUUAUAGCAAAACACUUUAUCAUCAUUUAGAAUCUUGAUGUCUUUGUCUUUAAGGAAAAUGAUGAAGUCAUUAACAGUUACACGAAUGCUUGUUAAGUAGUUUUUGAAACUCUUUCCCCCCAGAAUCUGCUGACGUUACCUCCACAUACAGUUUGGACAUCCUGUAUUCAGGCUCUGGGAUCUUGAGGAGAAGUAACAUGAAUAUUUAUGGUGCUAGUAAAGACGCGAUGCUACAUGGACUACAGGUGAAGAAUCCACACAAUGAUUAGAAUGUGUGUUAUGAUGCUCCCUGUACACAUUCACUCAUCUCUGUUAUUUAGGUGACAUGCAAAUGCACUAAAACAAAAUCAUGACUAAUUGACUUUUAUUUGAAUCUCGCUCUCUUUCUCUCAGGUUGCCAUUGAAGCUCAGGGUCUUGAGUCACUGAUUGCUGCCACACCUGAUGAGGGAGAGGGGGAUCUAGAGUCCUUUGCUGGGAUGUCUGCUCUACUGUUUGAUGUUCAGCUUCGGCCCGUCACCUUCUUCAAGGGUUACAGUGACCUCAUGUCCAAAAUGUUCUCCAUGACAGGGGAGCCCAUGAAUGUCGUGAAGGGACUCAUCCUGCUGACUGAUCACUCUGAGGUAAGCUGCUGAUACCGUGUCCUGCUUCCAAGCACCAUGUGCACCAGAUCGGGUGGAGUGGUCAGACCUCUUUAUUUCAGCGUUUAAGGUCGUUAUUGAGUAUGUUUAAAUGACAGUGACAUCUAGUACAAAGUUAGCAUGCAGCAUUGUCUUGAAGAAAAUAUAGAUCAUAUUGAUUUCUUGCAACAGCUACAAAAAACCUCAGCUUUCUUCUGAAAAUCACAAGUAGGGCGAUGUUGACAUUCGGAGAUCAGAGUAGAGCGAUCAAGUGUUGUGUCUCAAUGUUUUCUUUCAGCUAUCUAGAAACUUGUUCUUCAACUAUUAUCAAAUUGUAACCCAAGUUUACUAACACUAACCUGACAAAUGAAGCGAGAGAGUAAAGACUGCAGUCCCUUGACUGUCCACUUGAGGCUGGAUCCAAAAGUCAAGACAACUUCCAUAAAACCCAUGUGAAAAUGCCCAACCAUACAGCAGAAAUAAAUGCAUUUACAGCCUUGUACAAAAAAUUGUUUUGGUCUGAAAAACCUAUUUCUCUAUUCCUACACACUGUAUGUAGAGUUAGUUUUUUUAAAGAAAUUAUUAGAUUUUAAGAUAUUGGGUUACAAGUUUGCAUAAUUAGGGGCAUGGCUGAGUUGACUGACAGGCAGUGUGUUUACCGCCGAUCAGGAAGCUAAAGGUUUGACUCCACUGCUACAUCUCAUCUUUCCUGAAGUUUCAUACUUUCUUCCCCAUCUUGCUAAGUUCACUUGAGCUUCAGUCUCUCCUGCUGGGAAAUUACAAGUUGUGAGAGAAAACACGGAAAUUCAGAGCGUGAAGCGAUGCCUGUUUAUGAUGAAAGCUGGAUCAUCUGUCGAUCGGAUUAAACAGACACCAAUUGGUGACUUCACUGAGACUGUCUGUUUCCUAUAGUCUAUGACUUACAUGUACAUAACAUGCAUGCCAUUUUGAAAAGCACUGACCCACAAAGUAUUUGUCACUGUGGCUGUGGGGCUUGUUUACUCGUUCACAUGCAGUCAGUACAUGUACACACACACACAGAAAGGAAAUGACUUUAGUGUUUAACUUCUGUUGUCAACCUUAGUGUGUCGAAUUCUGCACAAACGAUACAAGACUGUGACGUAUGUCUUAUCUUAAUGCUGAGGCUGGAUCAUUGGUGUUAUUGGUGCGUAGAAUAAAAUGUAUAUCAUUACUUGGUGGGAAAAGCAUAACCAAGUCUCUAAUCUUGUUUUUCCCUUUCCUCCCUGUCUUCCAUCCUUCAGGUGAUCCAGCUGCAGUCUGGUCUGAAGGCAAGCGCAGAGUUUCAGGGAGGGUUGGCCAUUGACAUCUCAGGAGGAAUGGAGAUCAGCCUUUGGUACAGGGAGUCCAAGACCAGUGUCAAUAACAGGUGCGAUCUAUAGAAACUGCAUGAAUAUUAGUGACUGUAGAUGUUUUAGUUCUUCAGCCAAACUGGGACAUCAGCAAAGCUUUUAUGUGACACGUUGUACAUGUUUAUAGGUCACUACCUCCAGUGUAAUCAUGAAGUGGUCAAUUACCUCUGAAAGUAUGUUUGUGAAGUACUAUAUGUACGGUAUGAUGUAAUAUACCAGGAGGGCGAAGGUCUCGGUGAUAGAGAGACCGUUCUUAGAAGUCAACCUCUGUGACAGAAAGGACAGGAGUUGUAGAAGUUUGGAGGCGAUGUCACCGUACCAGAAAUAGCUCUCUUUUGAUGUUUGAUUCAUGUGAUCUCUAGACGCUCUGUAAGUGUCUGUGAUUCAUUUUCUCCACCAGCAUGCUGGAUCUGUUCCAGUAUUGUGCUUUACGCCUGUCGUAUUUGUAGGUUUGUGCGGACACAGCGUCAGCUCUGUCUGGUUCCCUAUUUUAAACACAUUACAGCCGAUGCAAAACAGUGGCUGCUGGAAGUGGAGCACAUCAUCAUGUGUAUCGGUUAGCUUGCGGCAUGAGGUGAUGAAACAGGGUUUAUAAAAGGAAAGCCACAGAUUUUUUAACAGUUAAAUAUGGAGAGAUUUGACUGUGCAGGACAGGACUUUGAAUGCACCUCAGAACAAUGACCUCUUUUUGUUAAUAACAGUAUUGACACCAAAAUCAAGACCCAGAACUUGACAUUGUAUUGAUCACUUGAUCAUCAGAUUAGUGACACAUUUAAUACUCAGAUCUAAGCUUCCAAUAUAACUUGUUGAAAAGAAAAAGUGAGUUAGGUUGGGAUGUAUGGUAAGGACGUCCUGAAUAAACUACUUGAUCAAAACCACGUCAUGGUUCAACACAGAAGAGCUUGCAUUUUUAUUUUCCUCUUUCCAACCAUUGUUAAAGACUUCAGGCUGAUUUGCAUCAUGUGUGGAGAGGAAUGGCAGAGGCAGGUGAAUGGAUCAGCAUAGUUGUACCUCUUCCACUCUGAUAAUAGACCGGCAGGCUAUCUAUAGAAGCAGAACAAACCUCACUGGCAUCUUUGCCAAGGCAUGUUUCCACAGGCACAAGUUAAAGAGGUUGGAAAUUUCAGCUGGUUGGCACACACUUCAGCGUAAAACAGAGAGGAGAAUUAAAUAGUCUAUGUGUUAGUGAUUUUGCUAUGUGCAAACUGUGUGGCACAAAUACUUAGUCGUGCACAAGCGGUUGUGAGAAGGUAAAUAAAUAAUCAGGCCUUUGAUUGGCUGGAGGUUGUCAAUUACAGUUGUAUACUGGGAACCGUAUUCAACCGCAGGUUAUCUCUGAUGUUUAUUCCACUCCAACAUACUUUUUGAAGGGUAGUUGUUAAAGUACCGCUAAGUAGAAGACUAAUUUUGUGACAAAUUCACGUUAGUACAAAAGUUUAGUACUUACAGGACUUACAUAUAAGAUAUUUCACACGUGUAAUGUUUAAUACCGCCCUAAAAACAGAACAGUUCAUGUUUUGAUUGUGCUUGAAGGGUGAUAGACUGUUGUGCAGUUUAUCACGUUUGAUUCACAUCCUGAUAUACUGUAUACUUACAGGGAUAAGAUUAUUAAAAAAUCUACAAGGAAUGAUAUCGAGAUGUGUAUUUGGACUAUUUUGGACUUAUUCGAUUAACCUGUUCAUGUUUUCAGGGGAGCCUUGGUGGUCACUGGGAACGUUACUGUGGACAUGGACUUCAUGAGAGCAGGUGUGGAGGUCAGCUUUGAAACAGAAGCGUCACUGGACUUCAUCACCACCGUCCAGUUUUCUGAAUAUCCUUUCCUGGUUUGCAUGCAGAUGGACAAAACUACUUUCCCUGUCAGGUAAUGUAAAACUGUUCUAUUGGAAAACAAACCCCUAUUAUUGGUGUUUGGCAUAACAGCGUCGUUACAACAUAGUUAUCUCCUAUAGGGAUGUUGUUAUUCCAUUGUUAUCACGAUGAGGUUACACAAUAUUAUUGUGCUGUAACAUUGACUUCCUAGUGUAACACAAUAGUCUUGUAAUCAUGUGAAGUGAUGAAGCUGUAACAUUAUUAUGUCACCUUACAUUUGUGUUUAACCCAGGUGCCAUUUUUCAAUUCAGGUUUGCACAGAUUGUUUGAUUGUUGUUAUCCAGAUAAGUUUCACCUCACUUGCUUCAACAUGUUCAUGAUAUUUUAUGUCAAUUAAAAAAACCUAGCUUACUUUUAGCUUUAUAAACAAAUUCUAAAUUGCCAUGUUAUCACUUUGGAUAUAACAUUAACCCUUUAUUGCCUUUUGUAUCAUAUUUGAUACAUAUUUUUAUAAAAAUUUUAUCAAUCAAUAUGAUCAACAAAUUCCAAAAAAACACCUUAAUACAGUCUGAUAAAUGAUAAAAAUGUUCUCUUUUGGUUUAUCAGUUUCCAAAAACAUCUAAUGUAUCAAAUGAGAUAAAUAAAUUCAUUAAAUUUCAAGGACAUUUGGAUUUUUUUGGUUUUCAUAAGUAAGGGAAAAAAACAUUUCAGCUCCAAAAAAUUAGAAAAUUUCUGGCCAUAAUUUGCAGUUUCAGGUAUUAAAGGGUUAUGCGACAUAUGACCUACCUGUUGUUGACUCACAUUAUCACCAAACUUUUAUGUGCGACUCAGUUUUGUGUGACAACGUCAGCAAAACCUAACUUCCAUUUGUCUUGAUUUCAGUGAGUACCUGACCAAGUAUGAGAGUCUGUCAUCGGGAAAGAGCGUUGAGUCGCGCAAGAGCAAGAAGAUGCUUGUCCCAGGCUCUGAAUUCCCUCUUCACCAGGAGAACUCAAACAUGUGCAAGAAGGUUUUUGACUCCAGCUGGUAGAGGAGAUGACAUGAACUACCCAGGAGCGAGCUGUCAUUUGUAUGGGCAGAGCAUUAUCACUCAUAGAGGAUCUAUUGCUGUCAGGGACAGCUGUCACACUUUCAGCCUGCAGUGGAAAAGCAAAAGAAAGAAAAUGGUGAAACGUCUUUUUUUUUAAACAGCACAAACACAAUGUUUACAUUCCUGUAAGUAUUUUAGUCAUUCUAAUUGGACAGUUUGUUUAUAAUCAGGAAUUUUUGCAUUGUCAUUUUAUUUCCUUGAAAAUGUAUUUAUAAAUGGGAAAUACAGGGUGUGAUAUGUUUUAUUAGGUGGGUAAUAUCAUCUAUACUGUUAUUUUCCAAUUCACUUACAGUAAAGAUGCCAAUGUAAAUACCAGUGUGGAGACAGUGGAUUAUCAUGAAUAGAAACGCUCCUUACUGUUAGCACACCUUCUUUUUUAAUUACAGUGUUUACCAAGGAGGAGAAAUGUAUUGUUUUUGUGCCACUGCACCACUGUUCACUUGCUUGAAAUAACUUAUUAAGUGGAUUAAAAUCAAAUAUUUCCAUUUCUUCAUGAUCUGAAUGGUCUUUAAUGGAACUUGACUGAUUUGAACACCUGAAUUAAUUUUUGUUCAUGGCUUGAACUGCUCUUUUAAAAAAGUGGGGUGGUUUUAGGAUUACAGAAGUACUCUGGGUUUAUACAUGAAGAGAUCAUUUUGUUAGAUUUAUAACUGGAUGAAAAUAAAUGUACACUGGAAACACGUG